AAUUAAUGCAAAUAAAAUUUCUUGUGGAUAUAUAAAAAAUAAUUAAGGAUUAAAAACGUGAAUUAAAUCAUUCAAAUUGGCAUCAACUAUAGCAAAAUCGUCUUUAAUGCCACUGAGUGGCUUUACAGUCAUUAAAAGGGAAUAUAAUUUAUCGGAAGACGAUAGUAGUUCAUCAAAUAGUCCAACUAUGGUGGAAACAACUUCGCCGUUAUUAAAAGUUCGUGGAAUUUCACCACCUCCCCACUUAUCUCCACAAUCAAAAAAUUUCCUAAGCACAAAAAUGUUAUUAACAUCACAAAAUCUUUCAUAUAUUGAGCAAAAGUUGAAUGCACAAAGGAAUAGUUUUAGUGAUAAUCAAAAAUAUGAAAAUAGUGAAAAUUUAUGUAAAACUGAAAAGCACAUAAACGGAUCUACCGCAUCUUCCACUUCAUUAUUCACAAUAGAUAGUAUUUUAUCUAAACAAACACGCUACAACGAGCGAUCGCCAUCAAUGUCACCAAUUAACGAUAAUUUGUUUAACAAAAAUCGCUCGACAAGCCCUUCAAAUCGAACAGCACGAUUGCCUCCAGCUGCAUUAUUUCAACAUCAUCCGAGUGCUACUGCUGGCUUACAUAUCACACAUCUAGCAACAAAUUUCGGCUCGCCAGAAUUUUUAGUCACAUAUCCAAAUUUCUAUCCAAACUAUAUGCAUGCUGCACAAAUGUUACAAGCAGCUCAAAUUCAUAGUCAUGUAUCGUUAAGUCAUGGACCACCACCAAAACGGAAACGAAGACAUCGAACAAUAUUCACAGAAGAACAAUUAGAGUCAUUAGAAGCCACAUUCGAGAAAACACAUUAUCCUGAUGUUGUGCUGAGAGAGCAGUUAGCAAUAAAAGUUGAUCUUAAAGAGGAACGUGUGGAGGUCUGGUUUAAGAAUCGACGAGCUAAAUGGCGAAAACAGAAGCGUGAGGAGCAAGAACGAAUAAGAAAACUUCAAGAAGACCACACAAAUCCUUCAAAUAAUCAUACACCUGAGGAUCAAACUGACACAAAUUCAAUUCAUCACAACUCAUCAAAUUUCUCAGAUGAAUCAGAUUUGGAGGUAGCCUAAAUAAGACAUAUAAUGUGAUUGGAAAUGUUUUUCUUCAUUGUUUGCUUGCAAUAUGAUGGAUAAAGAGAAGUAAAAUGAAAUGUGUCACCAGAGCUUAAGCAAUAAUUUAAAUUAAAAAG